AAGCAGAAGGAAGGACUGGGCCAACUGGCCCCAGAAAUAAAGUCUGUGCAGGGCGUUGGCCAAGGGAAGCCGAUGCCCCAGAGCCUGAUGGAAACUGUAGUUUCCUGGAACCCCCGGAGGGAUUGUGAGCCCCACGUGGGAGUCCCUGAUUACCUCGUAACUACCCCAGCGAUUAGAACCGUGCUUGGCGCAUCAUUAUUGUUACUGGACCGUUUCCUCUUCGGCCAAGAGUCCUCUUCAGGCUCCAAUCAAUCAAUCAAUCCAUGGACCGGGAUGUCCGGCUCUCCAGAGCCCUUUCUUACGCCCUGCGCCACGGAGCUGUCAGACUGGGGUUGCCCAUGGGCACCGAUGGCUUCGUGCCCCUGGACUCCCUCCUGCGGCUGCCCCAGUUCCGAGACUUCUCCCCCGAGGACGUGCACCGGGUGGUGGAGACCAACGAGAAGCAGCGGUUCGCUCUGAAGCCCGGCCCCCCGGGCUCCGGCCCGCUCAUCCGCGCCAACCAGGGCCACUCCCUUCAGGUGGCCGACUUGGAGCUGACCCCCUUGAGCGGGCCGCAGGACCUGCCCCCCGUGCUGGUCCACGGGACCUACCGGCGCCACUGGCCGUCCAUCCGGCAGCGGGGCCUGUCCCGCGGCAAGAGGACCCAUGUCCACCUGGCACCUGGGCUGCCCGGCGACCCCCACGUCCUCAGCGGCAUGAGGCGGGACUGCGAGGUCGCCGUGUGUGUUGACGGGCCCUCGGCGAUGGCAGAUGGAAUCCAGUUCUUCCUCUCGGCCAACGGGGUGAUCCUGACCCCGGGGGAUGCCCACGGUUUCCUGCCCCCGAAGUACUUCAAGGAGGUGAUUCAGCUGGGGCCCCACCGGCGACGACUACCUCUGCUGGAUGGGUCCGAGCAGCGCCCAGCGUGUCAGGAGCGAGGGAGUAGCCAACUCUGAAACAUUUAUUUAUAAAAAACAGACGAAUAAAAAUGGAAGCCACAGGGCUACAUCUAA